AACUCUGGGAAAAGAAGGUGUGCCAGUAACCCACUUUCCUAAAGAUGCAUGUAUAUAUAUAUAUGAGGUCUGUGUAUGACAGUGGAGCUUAAGUCGCUGAAGAGGAAAGAGACGUUAAAAGAUUUCUCAAGAAAGACUGAGGGAAUUGAGAUAUCAGCUGCCUCCCGCUCUGCGCGUGUCUCCCGCACCGGAUGGUCGGUGGGGUGGCGUCACGUCAUAUCAGUCGCCGCGCUGUGAUUGGCUGCCGCGGCUCACCCGACACAGCUGUGAUUGUUGUCUGCGGAGGAAGCGCUCGCGCCUGCACAGGAAAAGGAGGGGGAUCUUGGCUGAAUCGUUUCGCCGAGGCGCGAAUGAGCGAAAGAGGAGGCUUCUCAUUGGAAAAGACACUGAAGAAGACGCCUGGAAAUCAAAUCCUAAAGUGCCAAAUGCCCAGACUGGAGGACCACUGCUGGAGCUGCUCCUGUGCAUCGAGCGGUGAAACGAAACACUCGUCAUCUGGCGCAAACUGGUUGGCAUCUAAAGCAGAAGAAAUGAUGUCCAUCAUCACGUCGGUGCUCAGAAAUGCCUACGGCUCCCUGCACGACGUCUGGACGGCCAACCUCAUCCGCCGGGGGCUCGUCCUCUUCACGGUGGGGGUCUUCCUCGCCCUGGUGCUCAACUUGCUGCAGAUACAGAGAAACGUCACCCUGUUUCCCGAGGAGGUGAUGACAACGAUGUUCUCCUCCGCGUGGUGGAUCCCACCUUGCUGUGGCACAGGGGCAGCUGUUGUCGGACUGCUGUAUCCCUGCCUCGACAGCCACCUGGGAGAACCGCACAAGUUCAAGCGGGAGUGGGCCAGCGUCAUGAGGUGCAUCGCAGUGUUCGUGGGAAUCAACCACGCCAGCGUCAAACUAGACUUUGACAACAAUGUGCAGCUCUCGCUGACGCUGGCAGCCUUGUCCUUGGGCCUGUGGUGGACAUUCGACCGGUCCAGGAGUGGCUUUGGACUGGGUAUCACCACGGCCUUCCUAGCUACCGUCAUCACACAGCUGCUGGUCUACAAUGGAGUCUACCAGUACACAUCCCCAGACUUCUUGUAUGUACGCUCCUGGCUCCCAUGUAUAUUCUUCUCAGGUGGUGUUACGGUGGGAAACAUAGGACGCCAACUUGCCAUGGGCGGCGUGGAGAAGCCCCACAUGGACUGAACAGUGAAGUCGCAGAAAUCCAGGUGAACCACAGACGCUGUAAAAACCAGUAAUGCGAAGAAUGGCCAGAAGAACAGGAGAAUAAAAGGACUUGAUGUGACUCCAUCCCCUGUUCCCAUCACACCUUGAACUGGAUCGGUAAAGCCCAUCAUCUUACGUGCCAUGUCCUGCACCUACUGUGCUCCUUUAGCAUCAACGCGUCCUUCACACUAGCCGUGAGGACUGCGUUUGCCGUCUCCGUUGGUAUUUCGAGGUGAACCUUUUUUUAUGCUGGAGGUAUGCAUCUUCUCGCAGUAUAAGGAGUGGAAGCGUGUGUGUUUUGGAUGUGCGCUGAUGUUAGAAGCGAGGGAGGCGCUACCGUGUCUGUUUUAGUUCUUUUUAGCAGAAAUACUGUAUAAUAUGAUCAUAAAAAGGGAAGUGUCACUUGAGCGGGCAAACAAAUCUGUCUUGCAGAGAAGUAAAAAAUUGCACCCACCGCUGAGGCUUAUGGGAGAUGUAGUAUGUUGUUCCCAGGCAAACCAAAUUGUUUAUUUAGUGGACUUAAAUGCCCUUAAAUCACAAGUACUGUAUGUUUGAUUAUGAAUGAUUCCUCCCGUGUUGAAAGUCAGGUACGUAGCUAAAGUUAGCUUAGCACAGGCACUGCAGUGCCACACUAUUAAACUUAAUGAAUCAUGUUUGAUCAACUCAAACCUAAAUAGCUAAGUUAAUUAGCAGCGGGCACUAGUCUCCUAUUCAGUGUUUUCCAAUCAGCUUACUUGAAAGGACAUAAUUUCUCAAAAUGGUGAGCUCUACCUUUGAUGACUUUAAAACGGGACCCAGCUCAGGAGGAUUGUAGAUGGAAUGAAGACAGUUUAAAUUGAAGUGCCAAUUAGUUUACUGCCAGUUUGUACUGACAGAGAUUCUCUUUCAUAUAUAAUGAAGUGAGAUAUAAGUGUUAAACUGUUUGAAGUUGAAAAUGCAGAUCAUUUUGGUUCCUUGAUGAAAGUUAUUGAUUCAGCAGCUGUCAGUACAAGAUCACAGAUUACUUUAAAGGAAUCUCCUCAAAACGGCGGGAUGAGACAGUAUUAGUCUGUUUCUAGAGAGUUUAAGAUGUUUAGUCAAACUAAAACUCACAACAAAUUUAAAAGCAUGACUGUGGAGUCAAAUAUGAGGAGAAGCCACGAUGUUUUCAAAGAAUGUACCAGGAGGAUAAGAAACGUUUGCUGUUAUACCAGUUUGAAGCACUUUCCAGUGCAUUUUUACCUUUUUAACCAGGUUUUAAAUCUCUUGCAUAAUGGCCCUAUGAUUCCCAGUAAGACCAAUGUUUUAAUGGUGUUACCACAAGCAUUUUCCAGUCUGAACUGUAUCAUUAAUUGAGCGAUACUGGUUUGGGAACGUGCACUCUUUGAAGGAGACAGCAGGACAUUAUUGUGUCAAAUUUGCAAUCUGUGAUUGCCUGUGUAUUAUAGAAUGUAGUGCAUUUGUCACUAUAACAGUUUAGUUUUAUCAUUUGUACAAACAUAAUGACAUUACUGCUCGUAUGUAUAAUGGCUUGCCUAUGUAAUCAUGCAGGUAUUACUUUACGAGACCUACUGUAAGUUAGUUAGUGUUCGGGGGUCUAGAGGAUUAAGUGCAAUCACAAAACAUACAUGAGCCGAUUUUUCUUGCUUAUUUAUUAUAAUUUCUGACAGCUUCAUAUUAGUAUAACUUCUAAGUAUAUGCAGUGUGGCUCCUUCACAAAAAAGCAAUAACAUUUUGUUGUGAACACAAAUUCUGUGGGACUUCAUGCCUUUUAGAGUCAAAACCAGUUACUCUCACCCGAGAGACAACAUGAAGAAAUGCGUCAAACUGUUGUAAGAAUCUCAUUUAGUAGCAUCGUCUAAGAACCACAAUUUAUUUUUUUAAAUACUUUUUAGUGGCAGAGGACUUCAGGUUGAAUCUGCCUUCAUUCAGGUGUGCUAUGCUGAAGAGGAAGCUUUAUUUUUUGAGACGGUGACGCACCUUUUUUUUUUUUUGACGUGUUAUAGUUUUGUUUCUCUGAUAUUUUAGCUGUGUAUCUCUUUUUUUGCUACCUUGGAUCCAAGUGAAAAAUAAAACUACGUGAUAAAUAAA